AUGUUUGUAACAAUUUUGAAAUCAUCAAUGGAUAAUAAUGUCGAAUUGGAAAAUGAUGAACUUGGGUUUAUUUAUGAACGAUGUAUCUUAAUCUACAUGAGAAGUCAUCAAAAAACGUGGAGAGAAGUUAACAAUUAUAUUCCAGAAAAAGGUACUGCAAGUUUAAGAGAAAACUUGAAAACAAUGCGUUCAAGUUAUUCUACAACAGAAAAUAAAAAACCUUCUCUCAUGAAGAAGGGUAAUUUACCUUCUAAUCCUAUUCACGCUUUGGAACAACUUAGGCUAUGGGUGCAGCUUGAAGAAGCAAAAGAUUCAUUCACCAAGAUGUUUUUAGUAUCAGAAUUAUUGUGGUUAAUAUGGGCAUUCGGAAUUUCAAUGCCAUAUAAAAAAAAACAAAAAUUGGUACCUAUAAUUAUUUCCAAUUUAAAAAACCGGACACCUUUUACUGAUGAAGCACUUAAAAAAAAACUAUUUCUAUAG